UUGGACCACUGAUCUGCAGACAUUUUCUUCUUCUAACUUCCCCUCCUGUGACUGGGGACAGAACUAUUAGAGAAACAAAAGCCCAGAAUGCUAAGGUUGCCUUUCUCACUUCCUCUUGCCUCUGAACGCAGCAUUGCUUUGAAUACAGUCAUUGUCCUAGGGCACUGAGCAGGGGAGAGAAAGCGGCAGUACCUCGGAGGCCACACCAGCAGGCGGAUACAGCGUGUCAUGUUUCACCGAGCCAUUUUUGGACACAGAAAAUGCCAGAAUGAUGCCUCCUACCCGCCUGGCUGGGACUCUGAUCCCAGCCAUGGCCUUCCUCUCCUGCCUGAGACCUGAGAGCUGGGACCCUUGUGUGGAGGUGGUUCCUAACAUUACUUACCAAUGCAUGGACCUGAAUCUUCACAAAAUCCCCGACAACAUCCCCUCAUCAACCAAGGACCUGGACAUGAGCUUUAACCCCCUGAGUCAUUUAGGCAGCCAUAGUUUCUCCAACUUCCCAGAACUGCAGGUGCUGGAUUUAUCCAGGUGUGAAAUUCAAAUAAUUGAAGAUGAUGCAUAUCAGGGCCUAAACCACCUCUCCAUCUUGAUAUUGACAGGAAAUCCUAUCCAGAGGUUAUUCCCAGGAGCUUUUUCUGGACUAUCGAGUUUACAGACGCUGGUGGCUGUGGAGACAAAUAUAGCAUCUCUAGAGGACUUCCCCAUUGGACAUCUCAAAAUGUUGAAGGAGCUUAAUGUGGCUCACAAUCUUAUCCAUUCCUUCAAAUUACCUGAAUAUUUUUCUAACAUGCCCAACCUUGAGUAUUUGGAUCUUUCCAAUAACAAGAUCCAAAAUAUUUAUCAUAAAGACUUACAGGUUCUACAUCAAAAGCCUCUACUCAACCUUUCUUUAGACUUGUCCCUAAACCCUUUAGACUUUAUCCAACCAGGUGCCUUUAAAGAAAUUAAGCUCCAUGAACUGACUUUGAGAAGUAAUUUUAAUAGUACAGAUGUAAUGAAAGCUUCUAUUCAAGGUCUGGCAGGCUUACAGGUCCAUCGGUUGGUUCUGGGAGAAUUUAAAAAUGAAAGGAACUUGGAAAGAUUUGACAAAUCUAUCCUGGAGGGACUGUGCAAUUUGACCAUAGAAAAAUUCCGGAUAGCAUACUUUGACAAGUUCUCAGAGGAUGCUAUUGACUCAUUUGAUUGUUUGGCAAACGUUUCUACCAUUUCUCUGGUGCAUCUGUAUUUCAACGGGCUAAAACAGCUCCCUAAAAAUCUCGGAUGGCAACGGUUAGAAUUGGUUAACUGUGAAUUUGAACAAUUUCCCACAUGGAAGCUGGACUCUCUCAAGGAGCUUGUUUUCUCUGCCAACGAAGUUGGGAACACUUUUACUCAGGUUAAGUUGGAAAGCCUUGAGUUUCUAGAUCUCAGUAGAAAUGACUUUAGUUUCAAGAGUUGCUGUUCUGAGAGAGAUUUGGGGACAACCAGACUGAAGCAUUUAGAUCUAAGCUUCAACAAUAUUAUUACCAUAAGUUCAAACUUCUUGGGCUUAGAACAGUUAGAAUAUCUAGAUUUCCAGCGUUCCAGUUUGAAACAGGUCAGUGAUUUUUCAGUAUUCCUACCCCUCAAAAACCUCCGUUACCUUGAUAUUUCUUACACUCACACCCAAGUUGCCUUCCAUGGCAUCUUCAAUGGCUUGAUCAGCCUCCAAAUCUUAAAAAUGGCUGGCAAUUCUUUCCAGGACAACUUCCUUCCAAAUAUUUUCAUGGAGCUGACUAACUUGACCAUUCUAGACCUCUCUGAUUGUCAGCUGGAACAGGUGUCCCAAGUGGCAUUUAACUCACUCCCUAAACUUCAGUUGCUAAAUAUGAGUCACAACCACCUCUUAUCAUUGGAUACACUUCCUUAUGAACCACUUCACUCCCUCCAGACUCUGGACUGCAGUUUUAACCGUAUAGUGGCCUCUAAGGAGCAAGAACUACGGCAUUUUCCAAGUAAUCUAUCUUCCUUAAAUCUUACUCGGAAUGAUUUUGCUUGUGUUUGUGAACACCAGAGUUUCCUGCAGUGGGUCAAGGACCAGAGGCAGCUCUUGGUGGAAGUUGAACAGAUGGUGUGUGCAAAACCUUUGGACAUGCAGGGCAUGCCCAUGCUGAAUUUUAGGAAUGCUACCUGUCAGGUGAGCAAGACCAUCAUUACUGUGUCGGUUUUCACUGCACUCUUGGUUUCUCUGGUGGUGGUUCUGGUGUAUAAGUUCUAUUUCCACCUGAUGCUUCUUGCUGGCUGUAAAAAGUAUAGCAGAGGUGAAAGCACCUAUGACGCCUUCGUUAUCUACUCAAGCCAGGAUGAAGAUUGGGUGAGGAAUGAAUUGGUAAAGAACUUGGAGGAGGGGGUGCCCCCUUUUCAGCUCUGCCUUCACUACAGAGACUUUAUUCCUGGUGUGGCCAUCGCCGCCAACAUCAUCCAGGAAGGUUUCCAUAAAAGCCGGAAGGUUAUCGUCGUGGUGUCCCAGCACUUUAUCCAGAGUCGAUGGUGCAUCUUUGAGUAUGAGAUUGCCCAGACUUGGCAGUUUCUGAGCAGCCGUGCCGGCAUCAUCUUCAUCGUCCUGCAGAAGUUGGAGAAGUCCCUGCUGCGGCAGCAGGUGGAGCUGUAUCGCCUUCUCAACAGGAACACCUACCUGGAGUGGGAGGACAGUGUCCUGGGGAGGCACAUCUUCUGGAGACGACUCAGAAAAGCCUUGCUGGAUGGUAAACCACGCAGUCCAGAAGGAAUGGCAGAUGCAGAAGGCAGCUAGCGUGGAAGAGUAACCUCUGUCUGAGGAGGAAACACUCCUGCAGUGCUCCUUGCCCAGCUUGACCCAGUACCUUCGUUCACGAAAUGAGAAUUAAAUGCUGUGACAUACCUGGCGCUGUGCCAAGGGCAGAUGAUUCAGUGGUGCCCAAGGAACCCAGGACUGCUGACCUCAUGGGGUUUACAGUGCAGGGGGAAUAAGUACUGUGCUAAAUUACAGAAUCUCCAAGGUGGAUGUUUCAACCAAAUCAGCUAAGGAGUCCAUGGCAGGGAAAGUCAACUCAAUACUUACCCCAUCAAACUGAAUUAGACCUAAGACCCUGGGCCCUAGUGAAAUCAGAAGGUAUAGUUCUUCACCUGAGUCUUCUGAAUGGAAACUACCUCAUGUUUUACAUUUUAGCCAGCUUAAACUUAACUGAAUGAGGUCUUUACUCACUUUUCCCUUUUCUAUUGAAUGCAAUUUAAAUUCCACUUGAUAACUCAGAAGGCUCCUGAUUGAGACCACCUCCCCUCCAGUUUCAACCUGUUUCCUUACAUAGGCUAAAGUCUGUAACUAAUUCCGAAGGAAAUCUGAGUAAUACAUAUCCACAAACAUCCUGGUCUUUCUUUUGUAUGUUCUAAAUAUUAACUGACUGUGCCUGAUACAUUUUUGUUUUUAUAAAUCUAGUUCUCAUUUUUCAUGUCUUCUCUAUAAACUCUUACCAUAAAUAAGGCUUUUAGAGACAUGCUAGAAAUUUCCAUAUUUAAGCACUAUCAUUCAAGAAAAUAUGUGAAAUUCACUCCAUCACUUUGUCGCUUGAUGUCACUCUAAAGUUAUUAACUACUAAGUUAUGACUGUCAUGAAGGAAGCAUUACAAUGAUUUUGUUUAAAGUGCGACUUUUUGUAAGAGAGAGGGACAAGUCCAAAUUCCUGGUCUUAUAAAGAGCAAUUCAGGCUCCUGAGGAUGGCCUCAGGAGGUCACUUUUUGAUGGUUCUAGAAACAUAUGGCUGAUACAGUUGAGGUGAUCACAUGACGAGAGCUGCAGCAGUCUCUUCCACAGCAGGUGAAUAUUGCCUGACAGGACAUUGAUGCCUUCAGGGAUUGUGAAAUAGUUUAAGGUGGGGAGCAUACAUUGUGGCUUCCUGUUGGGUAUCACUCUGUGACCACAUUUAGGAAGGAGUGGAUGUUAUGACUGAGAAAAUAAUGUCACUGAGGGUAAAGUGGGUCAUGUUGAGGAGAAUUCUUCGAAGAGCACACACUUAUCUUCCCCAGAAUGGUACAUUCAAAGGAAGAUCAGUGAAGAUACUUGGAAAAUAUGCUUGUCAAAACUGAAAACAUGGCCACACCCAAGAGUGUGCUUGUGACGGAGUGUUUCAGAGUGCAUUUUCAUUGCAAUAUAGUGGGAGGUGUUGCACACAGCUGGGUGUGCUUCUAAGUCUUAUGUGGUAGUGAAAGUGGAUAGUGGAUCUAUGUAUUUGUGCAUGUCUCUAAGUAUUACUGUCUGUGUGUGGAUGCAAGAGUUUGUGUGUGUGUGUCUGUGUGAUUAUGUCUGUAUGGAACAGUGUGAUUAUAUUGCAAGGGGAAUAUGUGAUUGAUGUGAAUGUCUACAGCUGUUGCUUUAUUAUUUUUAUUAUUUUUUAACGUUUAUUUAUUUAUUUUGAGACAGAGAGCAAGCGGGGGAGGAUGAGAGAGAGAAUCCCAAGCAAGUUCCAUGCUGUCAGUGCAGAGUCCGAUGUGGGUCUCCAUCUCAGGAACUGUGAAAUUGUGACCUGAGCUGAUAUCAAGAGUCGGAUGCUUAACCGACUGAGACAUUCAGGUGCCCCUACAGCUGUCUGAGAUAGGUUCUCUACUCUUGUGUUUGUAUGUGAUUACUUAUAUACAAAUGUCUACAUUAGAUUCUGAGUAUGCGUGAAGGCAUGUGUUUUCUGCGCGUGUCCACGCUAUAGUGAGUGUGUGUUUUGCACAUGUGUGUUAGUUCAAGCAAACAUACAAGACUCCAAGGAGGAAAAUCAAAACGUAACUAGAGUGUUUCUUGUAUACAAGGCUGAUGCUGGCCUUCUUCCCAUCAGCCUCCUCUCCCAGAUGGGAAUUCAGAAAAUUGCAGGUGAGGUAGACCAGAAAGGAAAGAAAUGAUACGAUGGAAAUGUAAGGGGAGGAAAGAAGAAAGUCAGACCUAGGGCAAAUUCUUUGCAGCUAUUUAAGUCCUCUGGAUUGAAAAGACAUGAAGAGUGGAAUAGAGAGAAAGUAAUACUAAUUGGAAUGCCUUAAAUUUGUGUAAUACCUUACAACUUGGAAUAUAGUCACACAAUUAUGACCACAUAUAAAUUUCUUAUCAUUGAGGUGAGGUAGCAGGUUAAGAAUUAGUUUCCUCAUUUUACUGACAUUAAACCUGAAGUGAAAGGAAGUAAAUUUAUUGUCAAUAGGCCACAGUGUAAAUGAACGGCAGGACCUGGACUUGGGCCUCCAGCCUCCUCAGGGCAGCUCAGUUUUCUACUACACCCCACUGCUUCAUGCUGAGAGUUGGUAAAACAAGAAGUGAAACCCCUGUAGUUUUCUGUGUGGUUGACACUAGUCAAGGGUUUUUCACUGAAACCAUGAAUCUUUAGGCAAAUACAUAUGCAACACAUAUUAUAUAUCAAAUGAUUUACUUACAACACAUUUCUUUCCAUAAAGGAUGUGAGGGAGAUUCAAAUGGGCAAUAAGGCUAGCCGAUUAGAACCAGAAAAGCUGGACAAAGAAUGAAAAGGGGAAAGGAAGACACUAAGCGUAAGGUUUAGCAUACUGUUUUCCCAUUCAACCGUUGGAAAGACCCCCACCCCACCCCCCGCUGGUGUUUUGGGUAGUGUGGCUUCUGGAGAAAGCCAAAAUUCAGAUUCACCAUGUAUCCUGUAUGCUUUGGGCUUCACUUUUAUGAGAGUCGAGCCAACUCAAAUACAAAAUGAGGGUAGAAUAUUACUCUGUAAACUGUUGUAAGUAUUCAAAAUAAUUGCACAUAUAAGGGAUACUACUUUUAUGGAGGAGCGAUCCUCUGGGACUUUAUGCAGGGCGAACAGAAAGAAACACUAAGUGGUCUUCUCAAAAACAAUAUUUUAGCAAUUGCUAUUUUCCCAAACUGUGGGACCACAGGAAGACUGUAACUGUAAUCAGGCAGUUUCUUUCUGACUUGGCCUCCACCCGCAGGAUUGUCAGAACCCUAGCCCCCUUCUGGACUUUAUCACCUUUCUAGAAAUCACCAGCAGGUCCUUGGAGGGUCUUACGUAAACACAGUUCUCACAAAAAUGACUGACUGCUCUGUGAGGGCAGAGGGCAUGUGCAUUCAUCCUUUGCUGCUCCAGCCCUGAGGUCAAUGGCCUGCACACAGCAGACAGAACAACAUCGUCUGUUUGAAGAAUUAAUGAGUGAAUGAAGAACCAUCUCCAGAGGGGAUGUUGUCCUUUGCACCUCCUGGUCAAGGCCCCCAGGUCCCAGGCCACUGUUCUCUGCCACCCAUGCAGUAUCUGGGGCUCUAGCUUUCCAUGGCUACUUCCUGUCUCUGUUGUUGUCUGCAUAGAUGGUCCCAACUAUUUCCUCCACUCGGUUCCUUAACUCCAAGUAUCCCAAAAGUUACUUUGCAGAAGAGAGGAAGAGGAGUUAUAAUAGUUACUUACCCGUUGUGGCUAUUUUUAGGUCCUACUCUACUGCUUUAUGUAUGAUAUCUAAUUUAAAUUCCCAUACCAUGACUAUGAGAUUGAUUCUGGUAAUAUCAGCAUUGUUACCCAUUAGGAAACAAAAGAUUUUGAAACUGUAAGUAACAUACCCAAAGUCACAUAGCUAGUAGUAAAUGCACAGCUUGGAUUUAAAACAAGUCUCUCUGAAAUUAAAAGUCAGCUAUGCUAGAUGGUUUCUCUAAUGCCUUCCUUCUAUUUCUUACAGAGAUUUUAGUACUACUGUUCUUUAUUUUUAUUUUCUCUUUGUUAUGGCCAGCACUCAACACCAGAACUGAGCUACGGUGGUGAAACCAAAGGAUGGGUGUUGGGCCAAAGGUUAAACUGUGUAAGAGACAGCAGGCUGUCCAUGAAAUCAACCAUUUCCUCCCAUGAUGCUGGACUAAGCCCUUCUCACUUCAAUGCUCUUUUCCAACAGAGCACAUUCUUGUCCAUGAGGCUCCCAGGGCUUUCAAGCAAAUAGGCCCAUCCAAAUGGCCUUCCAGAUGGGCCCAGCUGAUUCUGUAUUUAUAGCAAUUGCCUACCACCCUGUACUCAGUGAUCCUUUCUGCCACAUGGCUUUAUAUAUGGCCAUUCCUUUCAGUGUCUUCAUUAAAUGACAUUGGAAAGCAACUUGAUAUAAAGCUGAUAUAGUCUGAGUUCAUCAACUUUAGCAAUGUAUCUUGACACAGGAUUUAAGCUGGACAGUCCGGAGGAGGAGCAACAUAGCAUGAACCUUGCACUGGGUUUCCUACUGGCACUGUUAUUCUCCCUUCUUUUGGCUUAGAUAAACGAGAGGACCCCAAUAGCUCAGAGUCUGAGAGUGUGAAUUUCAGCCUACCACCUAAAACACUAAGAGUCUAUUUUGCUAACUAAAGAAGAAUAUAGAUGCUUUGAAAAUCAGAAGUGGCUAGAAAGUCUGACUUUUACUUUCUUCUUGUGGAACAUUCUAGCUGUUGUUACUAAAUAUAGGGGUGUAGAUAAAAACAAAAUUCUAUGUGGACCUGUUUAUGGAGCUAUUAGCCCAGUAGAUGUGUAUGGUGCACUUGGGUUUGGAUCCUGGUUCUGCCACACUUUCACAGUAUAAUUUUUUUUUUUUAAUUUUUAGUUUAAUGUAUUUGCUUUUAAUUUUUUAAAUGUUUAUUUAUUUUUGAGAGAGAAAGAGACAGAGCAUGAGCUGAGCAGAGGAGGGGCAAAGAGAGAGAGGGAGACACAGAAUCCAAAGCAGGCUCCAGGCUCUGAGCUGUCAGCACGGAGCCCUGACACGGGGCUCGAACUCAUGAACUAUGAGAUCAUGACUUGAGCUGAAGUUGGUUGCUUAACCAACUGAGCCACCCAGGUGCCCCUCGCGGUAUAAUUUGGAACCAGUCUCUUAUGCUAAUUCUCAUUCCUUUUCUUGAGUGGCAAGGGUAAGUAAGUUUCUCCUGUGCCACAGGGCUAUUAUGAAGAUAAAAGAGAGAGUGAAAGGGAGACACGGCACAACCCUAAAUUUACCCACUUGAAGGGUCCACCUGAAGAAUAGGUAAUAUCCCAAGCCUCAUUUGAAGUUGACAUAGAAACCUGGCAUCCUGAAGUUCUCUAAGGCAGGAGUCUUACUCAAGAAAUUGAAUCUCGGGGAGGGAGAAUGGAAAGAGAACACAGGAAGAGCCCUAGCUCUGAAACACAUUGAAUUACCAGAUGCUGCUGCCAGAAUUUACAAAGGGGCAAAAGCCAUAUUCUGUUUAUUUUUAAUGCAGCAGAAUCCUGCUGUAGCGGACAGCGAACCACCUGGGAGGGUAGAACGUGAGAUCUGGUCUAGGCACUCUAUUUACUUGUUAUAUGACCAUGGGAAAGCCAUUCAAGUGCCUUGGAGGCUCAGAUUUCAAUACAUAAAAUAGGAGUAACAGUACCUUCUUGGCAGACCUCAUGGGGCUAUAAUGAUAAUGCUGACAAUAAUAAUGUUACCUUUAUUUUUAAAAUAUUUUUUAACAUUUAUUUAUUAUUGAGAGACAGAGAGAGGCAGAGCAUGAGCAUGGGAGGGACAGAGACGGGGGGAGACACAGAAUCUGAAGCAGGCUCCAGGCUCUGAGCUGUCUGCACAGAGCCAGACACAGGGCUCGAACCCACAAACCACGAGAUCAUGACCUGAGCUGAAGUCGGACGCUUGAAUGACUGAGCCACCCAGGAUGUUAGUUAAAAUGAUUUAACUAACCAAUCAUUUCAUGCAAAGGCUUUGUAUGUACUAACUCAUUUGCUGUGUCACAUCAAUGAAUUAAGAAGAUACUAGUUAUUUCAAAUUUACAGAUGAGAAGACUGACACUUAAAGAUAUUCUCUAAUGUGUCACCUGCUAACAAAUGCGAGUUCUGUGUUAGGAUGUAAGGCCACGUCCACUUCAUAGCAAGGUCUAUUUAAUACUGUUCUGUACCAGAGCACGGUCCUCUCAAAAAAAAAAAAAAAAAAAAAAAGCAUAAAA